AGGUUCGCGUUGCGCACCGCCCUCUGUUGCGAGCUUGAAUCAUCUUCACCUUCAGCUACAGCUACUUUCGGUUUUUCCAAAGUUUCGUUUGCACUUCGAGGUCUGAGACAAACCCAGUAUGCCAUCUGCCAUGGAGGAUAAGAAAGCUUCAAUUUUGCUUUGAUUGGGCAUAAGUGAGCAAAGAGGGUAUUGAAGCAAUGCCUAAAGCGAUCGCCUUUCUCGUUCACCCACGACUUCUCCUUCUCUUCCUUGUUCUCUCAAUUUUCCUCAUUUUCGCAUAUACUGGUUCUACCGCUACUUAUGGUUCUACUACUUCAAAACUGGUUGUUGAGGAGAAAAUAGAACAGGUCCCUGAAAUUACACACAGAGUGUUCUUGGACAUUGAUAUUGACAAACAGCGAUUAGGUAGGAUAGUGAUUGGAUUGUAUGGCCAAGUAGUACCGAAAACUGUGGAAAAUUUUAGAGCUUUGUGUACAGGGCAGAAAGGAAAGAGUGAAAAUGGCUUAAAGCUUCAUUACAAAGGAACACCAUUUCAUCGGAUAGUAUCUGGUUUUGUGAUUCAGGGCGGAGACAUUGUUCAUCGUGAUGGUAAAGGGUCUGAAUCUAUUUAUGGUGGCACCUUUCCUGAUGAGAAUUUCAAGAUUAAACAUUCUCAUGCUGGCGUUGUCUCUAUGGCAAAUUCAGGACCUGAUUCCAAUGGCUCACAGUUUUUCAUUACAACGGUGAAGGCCAGUUGGUUGGAUGGAGAGCAUGUUGUAUUUGGCAAGGUUGUACAAGGCAUGGAUAUUGUGUAUGCAAUUGAAGGGGGAGCUGGAACCUACAGUGGAAAACCCAGGAAGAAGGUAGUGAUAGCAGACUCUGGGGAGAUACCCAAGAGCCACUGGGAUGAUGAAAGUUGAACUUCCUCAUGCUUCGAUUAUGGUAUUGUAAAACUAUUAUUUGGCUUCAUUCAGGGUCUAAACCAUGCUUUACAAAGUAUAGUUCAAACAUGCCAACUUGACUUGAAAGAGAAUCGGUAGAUUGUUACUGUUAAAAAAUAUACUAAAAUCCAGUUUCUUUUAUAUGUAACGAUCUCAGCAACAUACUGUAAUUGGUAUUUUUUUAGUCC